AUGGGCAGAGCCCAGGAACACAACCAACACUCCAUGGUCUCGGAUUGGCCCCAGGCGGAUCCGAAGACAUGGAACGGAGCCCAGCGCGCCGUUGACCAUUUCAAAUUAUACCCCAUCUACCCAGACGAGUCACCGCCAAAGUUUGCCAUGACGGACAAGAUCCCUUUCAUGCCUGCGUGGUCCCAACACCGCUAUAUUCUCGUUUUUGCCACCUUGCCACUCCUCAUACACCAAGCCUGGUUUAUGCUCACGGGGUGGCCUAUGGGCAAAAUCGCCGCUAUCCUCUUCUACUACACCGCAUACAAACUAAUCGCUAUACGCGAGGUUAGUCUAUUGCGUGGGCUCAUCUACAAGUACGGUGUUCUUGACGGCGAUGCGGCCCGCGACGGCAUCCCCAACACGGGAACGUGGAAAAUUGUCGGCGAGCUGGAAAAGACGACCGGGUUCCGGAUGGCAAUGGCUGUCUAUCUCACCUACGAUCCCGAGGUGUCCCCCUUGGCAGCAAUAAGCGACACCAGCACCUGGGCGCCCUUCUUCCUCAAGCUCAGCCUCUAUGGUGUUGUCCUUGACUUCUUCUUCUACUCGUACCAUCGCGCGUGCCAUGAACUACCUGGCUUAUGGAAAUACCAUCGAACUCACCAUCUCGCCAAACACCCAACCGCUGUACAUUCUGGCUUUGCCGAUGACGAGCAGGAAAUUAUCGAGAUCCUCAUUGUCCCCUUCCUCACGUACCUAACCCUGCGGUCGAUUGGGCUACCUCUUGGUUUCUACGAGUGGUGGAUAUGCUUCGAGUACCUUACUUGGGCCGAAGUCUGGGGCCAUUGCGGCCUGCGCGUCCAUGGCGUUGUUCCGUCUCCUAUUUCAGCCAUUCUCGGCCAGAUUGACAUGGAGCUUGCCCUCGAGGACCAUGAUCUGCACCAUCGCAAGGGUUGGAAGAGGAGCUUUAAUUACGGCAAGCAGACGCGGGUGUGGGGUCGUCUUUUUGGCACCUGUACGGACAGAUUGGAGGCUCACAAGGCUAAUAUUGAUUAUGAGAAUCGUGUAUCCAUGCCUCUAGCCUAG